CUUUUUAAGCAGAGACGCAGGCUUCGUGGAGCUGGGCUGGCGAAGAAACAAAACUCGCGCGUUUAUGGAGGAGAUUGGCAGCAGCUGGUAAACAAGAACUGCGGUAUUUGUGUACAAGCGCUUUUCUUGGCUGCUUAGACGCGGGCUUGCGAUUUUUGAGCUUGUGGGAAUGUCGAUCGCUCGGACUCCUUCGUUCCUCCUGCCGCCCCCCUUGCAGUAGCACCUGCCUUGCUUUCCUCCUAGACCAAGUCCUGGAAGACUUUUUUCACGAUGCUCCACUGGUCCCUGAGGAGACGCAGCUCCUGGGUGCAGCUAGCCGGACAUGAAGGUAGGAAAGCAGAGCAGCGAUUUACAGGGUGCGGGAGGUGAGCCAGGAGGUGGCUGGGUCCUGUUUGAGCCAUGGAGAGGCCGUUCUGGAUCAAGUAUUUGGAACAGGAUGGCCUCUGAGAAUGUGCAGAGUGCCUUCCCCUCUGCUGAGCCCAGCCGGGCUUCUGCAUCGCAGAGCUUCUGGUCUUUUGCGGGCCCGUGGGCAGGGCACUUUCCGGGGGCCCCCAACUUUCCAUGCCAGCCUGGAGGAGCCCCUGGGAAAGCAGCCCCACGGAGCUCCAGGGAGGCCUCCCGGGGAUCCCUUGCUGGCUGCAGGCCCUCGACAGGCGCCCAAGCUGCCCAGCCUGGCAAACGCGGGCCUCUCUCAUCCCGCAAGAAAGCUUGCUGGAGGCGGGCCGCCUUCCUCCCUGCAAGAUUCCAGGUGUCCCAGGUCUUUCCCGCCCCUCGCCUCCUUCCAGGCAACUUCAGGCCCAGCGAAGGCGACAAGAUCCUGAAGAAGUUCAGCGCCGUGGAAGACGCCUGCCUCUCCCGGCUGAUGACUGACGCCCUGCGCCCCUUCGUGCCCACCUACCACGGCGUGGUGAAGAAGGACGGCGAGCGCUACAUCCAGAUGGACGACCUGCUGCGUGGCCUGGACCGGCCCAGCAUCAUGGACUGCAAGAUGGGCACCCGGACGUACCUGGAAGAGGAGCUGUCCAAGCCCCCGCAGUGGCCCGCAGCCCGCCGGGACCUCUACCAGAAGAUGGUGAAGGUCGACCCGCAGGCGCCCACCGCCCAGGAGCACCAGCUGGGCGCCGUCACCAAGGCCCGGUACAUGCAGUGGCGAGAGGCGACGAGCUCCAGCGCGACCCUCGGAUUCCGCAUCGAGGGCAUCACGGUGGAAGGGGGCAUGGUUCAGAGGGACUUCAAGCAGGUCCGCAGCCAGGAGCAGAUUGUGGGGCUCCUCCUGACCUUCACCAGAAGUCGCCCGGACGUCCUGAGCAGCUACAUGGCUCGCCUGGAGAGCAUGCGCAGCGCCCUACAGGAAUCCGCCUUCUUCAAGACGCACGAGGUGAUCGGCAGCUCUCUGCUUUUCCUCCACGACCGGAAGGGGCAGGCCAGCGUGUGGAUGAUUGACUUUGGCAAAACACUACCCACGCCCGCAAACUCCCCCCUGCACCACGACGUGGCCUGGACCCACGGCAACCACGAGGACGGCUACCUGAUCGGCCUGCGCAACCUCCUCGACACGGUGCGGGCGAGCCUGCACCAGGCGGCGCAGGAGCAGCCGCGGCCACCGGACGACUCCUGAGCCGGCCCCCCGGCGCCGGGGGGGGCGCUGACCGUCCACGGGACGGGGCUGGGAGGACGGAGGCCUGAAGGGCAGAGGGGGACUCUGCCACCCUGACACCCUGGGGGACCCAAGGCCGUGUCCACCAGGACAGACACUCUGCAGCACCCCACCGGAUCCUUGGGAUCGCCCAAAGCGGCCGCAGCCACGUGCUUGGCGUCCCACUCCAGCCUGGGUUGCCGCAAACUGGCCACGGCCCGCGGUUCAGCCAGACAGAGCGCGAGCGUUUCCGGAUGACCCACGUCCUGUAGCAGUUGGGUGCCCAUCUGGGCAUUCCCGCACAAGCAAGGAAGGCCUGCCUCACGGGAAAGCCCGGAGGGAGCCAGGGUGGAGUCAGAUCCACUAAGUUCACCCCACUUCUCCUUGGGAAUUCCCUCCCUGGAUUGCGUCUUCCGGACAGGCUGUUCAUCCCCUUGGGGCCACUUCCCUUUCCCAGCCAGCGGCACGACCGGUGCUUCUGCAAAACGCUUCCCGGGUGGGCACGGGACUUGCCCGCUUGUGAAAUGGCGUGGGGGCGAUACGCCCAUUUCCCAGAAGUGACACCGGUGAGACGAGGCCAAACGCAGCUUGGCCGGGAAGCGAAGGAAACGGCGGAGCCGAGCUGCAGGACACGGAACGGGCUCUUCUGCGGUGUCUGCAGCCUCCCGCACUGCCCAGCGGUCUGGCCUUCCACUCCGGGGAGCCCCAGCCAAGGGGCACAGAGGUCGCUGCCGCAUUUUCUCCAAUAAAUUCCUGUCUGCUCCUG